CCAAGGUUUCUCCAUAUAUUUUAUUUCCCUCCAAGAAGCAGCAGGGGUGUCUUGAUACAACUUAGUGCUUAGGUUUUUUAUUUCUGAGCUAUGGGUGACAGCUGAAAAGAUGAACUGUCUGGGAAUCUUCAUUCCCAAGAAGCACCGGCAACGCUUCGACGAUUCAGUCCAACAGAACGUGAUCAACCGUCUCUGUCGCAGCAAGAGCAUCAGUGAGCCACAGGGCAGGAUCCGCCGCAGCCGGAGCGAGGAUCACUCGGAUCGCCACCACAGGUCCAAAAGGGCGAGCUCAGUGCCCAGAGAUGGGGAAGGAGGAGGGAGAGGGGACGGGGAGAGAGACAGGGGCCCAAGGAAGUCUGUCUCUGGGAUGCCUGCUCAUCCUCCCAUCGGACCCAAUCAGAGGGUCAUUCGUGUCUACAGAGGGAAGAAAAACUUUGGCUUCACGCUCCGGGGUCACGCUCCCGUCUGCAUCGACUCGGUCAUCCCAGAUAGUCCGGCUGAGGAAUGUGGACUGAAACCAGGCGACCGUAUCCUCUUUCUCAAUGGACUGGACAUGAGGAACUGUUCCCAUGAGAAGGUGGUGUCUAUGCUGCAGGGCAGCGGGGCGAUGCCUACUCUGGUGGUGGAGGAGGGUCCGUCUGACUACUCUUCAGAACAAACCGACCCAGAGGAAUCUCCAAGCAUGCCCCCCACCACGUUACCCCGCUCUAGGUCUCCAGCUCUGAGUUCUCUGCAGUGGGUGGCAGAGAUCUUACCGCCAAGCAUCAGAGUUCACGGGCGAACCUUCAGCCAGCAGCUGGAACACCUGCUGACCAUUCAAGAGAGAUACACAGUCUGCAAGUCCCUCGAGACCUUCUUCCAACACAGGAACGUGGACACUUUGAUUGUAGACGUGUUUCCGGUGUUGGACACUCCGGCCAAACAGCUGAUCUGGCAAUUUAUCUACCAGCUUCUGACGUACGACGAGCAGGAGCGCUGCCAGGACAAGCUGUCACGCUUCCUGGGCUUCAAGAGCAGUGCUGUGCUGGAGCCUGAAGUUGGUCAGGAGCAUCACCGGCGAAGCAGUUCAAUGCGAGUUACAGGGACGUCAUACCGCAGCAGCAUGAGAGAGAGGAGCUCUGAUGACUGCAUCAUCGGGACUCACCUGGGAAUGGGGAUUCAUGUGGAUGAAUCUGGGAGUCCAGAGGAGAGGCAGUCAGGAGACGGAACCUCCUUCCCUGAGUCCCCUGACCUCAAUCCUAUGACAGGUGUGUACACGGAGCUGGAGACUUUGUAUGCAGGGAAAGGUGGUCCACCACUGCAGGGUGGCCCCCCAGCAGAGCCAGAGGGCCCGGGACAGACUGAGGGCUACGGGCGCCCUCUCUCCCCCCUCACUCUCCCCCCUCUCAAAGGAAGUCGUAAAUCUGGCCUCACCCUGUCCUGGAAGGAGCCUCUACCGACUCCUGUGUAUGAGAUCCACCACCAGAGCAGCGUAGACUCAAACCCGUACGUCAGCCUGGAGAGCCCCCCGGCCUCCCCCGAGCCCACUGAUGGGGGUCCCAACACGCUUAACCGCCGCAAGAAGCUGUUCACCUUCUCACGCCCGCCUCGCAGCCGGGACACGGACAAGUUCCUGGAUGCUCUGAGCGAGCAGCUCGGCCACAGGGUCACUCUGGUGGAUGACUUCAUUCCCGGGGAGAAUGACUAUGAAGAGAUGAGUUUCCAGGAAGAGCAGGACUUGAGCUUCAGGCCCCGACGGCUCAGCAGUGGCAGCAGUGAGGAGCACAGCAGCAGCGAUGAGGCUUCCUCUCCCACCUACUCCUCCGAAUCUGAACCUAUCCCACCCCCUCCCACCCAAAGCCCCCCGCCCCCACCACCUUUCCAGGCUCUGAUACCGCCUCCUGUGCAAUUUACCGACCCCCUUCCACCCGUCCGCUUCUCCCCUGAGCAUGUCCCCCGCAGUCGGAUGCCCUUCCACCCGCACCACCCCAUCAUCCCUCCUCCUCCGCCCCCUCCUAGGACCAUCCUCUCCAGCCGCUCUCCCCUCCACAAAGUCCUCCCCACCAGAGAGGAAGUAGAGGCUGCUCACCAGCGCUUCCCGGCCACCUCCAACCGCCACUCCACCGUGCACACCAUCCUGGGUUCCUCCACCCUGCGCUCCACACAACCGUCCCGCUCCAGCUACCUCCCCAGGCAGCUCAGCCAGCCCCAGCCCAUCCUCCAACCGUCCCCUGAGCCCUCCCCUCCUCAGCCGCUGAGAUCGAGCCAACUGGUCCUGCAGAGGCAUCACCAGCUCCACCACCAGCACAGCUACCAGGGCCCACUGCCCCCAUCCCUGAAUGAUCACAGCCCGUCCAAGUGUCAGAGCAAAGUGUCCACAGGAUCCACACUGCUCUCCCAGACUUCGACCUCGCACUCCAGCCACCCUGGUCACACGAAAACGUAUGAAACCACACGGCCAGAGCACCCAACACAACAGGCACCUCCGCCCCCUCCUCCACCCCUGCCCCCUCCGUGUGACCCACCUCCGCUGCCAAGCUCAGUCCCCAGUGCUUCAGACACCAACCACAUGAGCGUGAAGAGGUUGCGCUGGGAGCAGGUGGAGAACUCAGAGGGGACCAUAUGGGGUCAGCUUGGGGAGGAUUCAGAGUAUGACAAGCUCACUGACAUGGUGAAGUACUUGGACCUUGACCUGCACUUUGGGACUCAACGCAGACCCAUGUCCCCUCCAGAGCCAGCCUUCCUGCCAGACAACUUUAAAAAGAAAGACAUGGUGGAGAUUCUGUCGCAUAAGAAGGCCUACAACGCCUCCAUCCUCAUCGCCCACCUGAAGCUCUCCACCAGUGAGCUGCGUCAGAUCUUGAUGAACAUGUCGACAGACAGGCUGGAGCCGGCUCACAUCAAGCAGCUGCUGCUCUAUGCCCCCGAUGAUGACGAGGUCAAACAGUACGAGCAGUUUGACGAGGACCCGGCCAAACUGAGCGAGCCCGACCAGUUCAUAUUUCAGAUGCUGAUGGUGCCUGAGUAUAAAACCCGUCUGCGGAGCCUCCACUUUAAGAUGACCCUGCAGGAGAGAACGGAGGAGAUGAAGGUGGCGUUUGAUUACAUCUACAAAGCUUCAGUAGAGCUGAGGAGCAGCAAGAAACUCGCCAAAAUCCUGGAGUUUGUUCUCGCAAUGGGGAAUUAUCUGAACAACGGGCAGCCCAAGAGCAACAGGACGACUAGUUUUAAGAUCAAUUUCCUCACAGAGCUGAGUACCACCAAAACAGUUGACGGGAAAUCCACCUUCCUCCACAUUCUGGCCAAGUCUCUGUGCCAACACUUCCCUGAGCUGCUCAACUUUUCCAGAGACCUGACUACCGUGCCACUGGCUGCCAAAGUGAACCAGAGGGUGGUCACAACAGAGCUGAGUGAUCUUCACUCAACCAUUCAGGACAUCAGGACAGCCUGUCUGAAGAUCUCACCCACCUCUGAGGACCAUUUUGCCUCCACCAUGAGUAGCUUCUUAGAGAACAGUCACCCUUCAAUCCAGUCUCUGGAGUCCCUGCAGACCCGGACCAUGGAGGAGUUUUCUAAGGUGGCAUCUUUCUUCGGUGAGGACGGCAAGUCCACCAAAACGGAGGCCUUCUUUGGCAUCUUUGCAGACUUCAUGUCCAAGUUUGAGAGAGCUCUCAGUGAGACCCAGACUCCAGACAACCCCAGGAGCCCCAGACUGUCUUCCCCUCUGGCCUGGUAGAAGCAGGAGACGUGGGCGGCUGUCAGGGCCAGUCGGCUCCAUUUUUCACUCUGCUCUCCACAACCAAAGUGCCAAGAUCACACACAGAGACACUCAAAACAACAGGAACAGAGGCCGCGUCAUUUACAGCAGACAGAAUGAAUCACAUUAUAUCUAUGUGCAGAGAAUCACCGAUGUUUAUGAGUGCCCCGUGUGCAGCAUCGCUGUAAUUUCAGGUGCUGGGAGAAGCAGAGACAUUCAGGUGUCCAACAGGAAGUCACCGCACACUGACGACUCAAACCAGUGUUUACUUUAUUUACAUCUCAGAGUAAAAGACACACCAAUGAAGAAGAGGUUGAUUUGAUUGCUUCAGUGUGUCUGCUAUUAAAAUGAGAUGUAAGUACUUUAAACAGAUGAUUUGAGUAUUUACACAUGAUCUAUGUUUAAUAAAUGAUUCUUUAUAGUUUAUAUUUUCUAUCAGAUCAUAUUUAAAUCAUUGUAAAGAUAAAGCAUAGAUGUAGGCUGAUAACAGGAAGCACAAGUGUAGUACAGAGUGUAGUUUAGUUUGCAGCCAGGCUCAGAGCGGUGAUCAGAUUGUGAUAAAGUAUCAAACUCACUGCCUCCUAUUUGAUUUAAAACAGAUGAGAUACUGAUGUUAUGAGCGUCAUGUAUCCUCUUAUUUAAUCAUAAAGAUGUGUCUAUUCUCAUCCCACCUUCUGUGAACUUAAAGGGCCUCUCUUAACAGAGUUUUAAUAGAAUAAUGCUAAAAACAUCCAGAGGGUGCACAUUUUUAACUCAUCCAAAACAGUUUGUUUGACUCUUAACUGCACGGGACGUACCGCCGUCACUGACGAGGAAAGUUUGGCCAUUUCUAUGAAGUGAAACCAUUCCAGUGUGUUGCAUUCACUUGUGAAAUUUUAAAGAAAUCUGCUUAGUUUUUGGGAAUUAACAACAUAUCUGUCUUGUUAACCAGAAAAAAAUAGGGCUGUGUUUAUGAAUUAUUAGGUUAACUAUCCUGACAAUUUAAAAAAGGGCUUUUUAUCAGAGCUGUUAGUGUUAACACAUUAACGGUGAUAUGAUCAAGGCCUAAAAAUCAACACAUUAAUUUAUUUAAAUCGCAUUAAUUGCUGUUUUGUCCAUAAUUUGGCACACUGAAGUUAAGCUAUCACAGCAGUCCAGCAGCUGCUACUCACCAUAGCCUAUUUGUGUUCUCACAGUGAUGGAAAAUAAGGACUCCGCUGUGACAUUGAAUUUCUCCCUUUAGUUUAAAACUUGCAGACAGCUCAUUGUACGAGUCAAGUAAUCUCCAGCCCCGAUAUCAGAAUGAGUUGAUUAGCCCUUUGGUUAUUUUCAUUUAUUUUUCCAGGUGUAUGAAAGUCCUCUUUUGUGUGGUUAAAGGUCACAUAUUACGCAAAAUACACUUUUUCCAGCUUCUAUAACAAAAAUGUGUGCCCUUGGCCUGUCCACAGUUCCCCCCAAGAAGCUGCCAGCUGAGAGGAGGAUCAGGAGAGCCACAUCCAUUAAGCUACAUUCAUUUCCUGAGAAGGGCCAGGCCAGGGGCAGAGUCAAACAGCUCAUUAGCAUUUAAAGCCACAGACAUAGAAACAGCUGAUUCUGAGCAGGGCUGAAACAGAGGGGUUUUUAGACAUACAAAAAUUCAAUACUGGAGUGUUUUUGGUUUUUUUUUCAGAAACAAACUUCACAGGCAUGUUUUAGGGACCUCUAAAGUUGUGUUAGAUCUGAAAAAUAUGUAACAAGUGGCUGUUGAAAUGUUGAUCGUUUUGGCCUUUUUGUUCUUUUGGGAUCUUAGACACAGAUGAGAUUUUCCAUAAAGAAAAUUGUUAACAGUCAUGAUUAGCUUUAGCAUUAGCUCUCUACAGCAGUGCAUUUAAGAUAAAAAUGCGGAGUCUUCAUAUUCCCCCUGUAUGGAAGUCCAUUUCAUCCACUUAAAAAAAGAUUUGAGUUUUAGGCAAUUCUAAAGAUGAAAAAUAUGAAGACAAAAUUAUGACAUAGUAUGACAUCAUAAUUAGAGGGGAAAAAAAAAAAUAAUGAGACAAAAAGUUGACAUUUUGCAAUAGUGAGUCAUACUUAUGCGAUAAAAAAAUAUAUAAGAAAAACAUUGAAAUAAUGAGAUAAAAGUCAACAUUCUGAGAUGAAAGGCAGAAUUGUAAGAAAAUAAGUACUGAAAAUCAGAAUUUCGAUAAAAGUUGAAAUUAGGAGAUUUAAAGUCUUAAUUAUGUGAAAAAGUCAUAAUCAUGGGAUAAAACGUUGAAAUUAUGAGACAAAAAAUGUUGAAUUCAUGGGGUAUAUAGUCAAAAAAGAGAAGAAAAACUCAAAGUUCUGAGUAAAAAGUUGUUAUUAUGAAAUAAAAUGUCAAAAUCGUGAAAUAAAGUCAAAUUUAUGAGGUAAAAAGCUAAAAAAAAAAAUUUUAAGCCAUAAUUAUAAGAUAAGUUGAAAUUAUAAGACAAAAAAUUGAAAUCAUGAGAUGGCAAGCCAAAAUUUUCAGAUAAAAAGACAAAGUGUGAGAUACAAAAAAAUCACAAGAUUAGGAAAAAGUUGAAAGGAGAUAAGAAUGAUGAGAUAAAAAGUCACAAAUAUAACUUUUUAUCUCAUAAUUUUGACUUUUUUAUCUCAAAAUGUCAACUUUAAAUGUCUAAUUCUAUUUCAUUUUGUAAGUGAAAGAAAUGUACCUCCAUACCUGUGAAAUUCUGAUCAUUUACACACUUUUCUGCAGCUGAACUGAUGAACUUUAGACUGGAGUCCUUUUCUCUCACUAUGGUGAGCCUGUGAGGACGGCACACAUCCACAGUCAACAACACUCAUUUAUUUGAUAAACAUCGUUCAGAAAACAAUAUUGCACCUUUUCCAGCGAGGUAACGCUGACUACAUCAGCACAUGGAGAGAUCUGGCUCUAUAAUCAUCUGUUUUGAAGCGAGCGUGGGUGGACUUGCAAAUCUUCAUUAUUAGUGUCUUCUUGUUGUCAGAGCUGAGCGAUCAAAGGCAGCUGAAUGUGAAAAGAGCGAGCUGUUUCUGGCACUGAAGACAGCUAAUAGUUCUGCACUUUGUCGAGUAUUUCUUGUGAGCACAUCCUUGUUUAAAGACGUGGGCGGCUGCUGAAUGAAUGGAGGAGCCUCAAGUGCAUGUAGAAAACAACAUCCUACUGUAUAUGGUCAUUUCCUGCUCUUUUGGUCGUCAUGGUGAUCUGAUGACUCACCGACAGUACAGUGUAUCUGUAGCUGUGUUGUAUUUAUGUUGAUGAAAUUUUGUUGAUAUUGUAAAUGGACUGUUUUUUUUUUUGCUAUGCACAUGCUGUAUGCUUGUCCAUCCUCCAGGUUUACUUUCUUAUUCCAGAGCAUCAGCUGGAAAGGACCAUUUAAUUUAUUCUUUCUGCACAGCUUUCAUCAGGCUCAUGAGCCGCCUAUGAUCUGGUAAAAAUGCAACCCUAGCUGCUGCUAGUGCAGUGACAGUGUUUGUCGUCCAAAUCAAUGCAUGUUGGUGAGUAAAUGUGUACAAAUGUGCAGCUGGUAGCACCCCCUCCCUCUCUGGAUAUUUAGGUUCAAAUAAAUGCAUUUCUGUUAGUCUAGUUAGGUUUAUUUAUUGGUUGCUUAUAGAUUCCCUUUUAUAACUGUUUUAUAUGUUUAUAAAUGGAAAUAUGCUCCUGUUUUUGUGAUUG